UACUUUGAAGAAAGUAUUUUUAUCAACUGCUUUUUUCCAGAAAUUUUGUGGGAUUUUGUAUCUGUGUCUGAAAAUUGUUUUUUUCUCACUUUAAUUUUUUUUUAUGUAAAUUGUACAUAUUUUGAUGAGUGAAUUGGGUUUUUGUUUUUUGUUUGGUUGGGAAACACACACACUCACACACAGUACACACAUAGAUACAGUCCAUCUAAAAAGAGCUCACCGUAAUCAAGAAAAUUUUCCCAUGUCGAGUAAGGAGUUAAUCCUUUUUUACCAUUUUCGUCUUACUUUCUUGGAAAAUUUGUUUAACGACGGUUGACCUAAUUAUCUUUCUUUACAUAAUAAACUCCCUUCACUUCUCACACUCCAACUCCUAUAGGUCCACAGACAGAUACAUAAAUCUAGAUAAAGAUUUAGAGGGAGGAAGAAAUAGAGCCCGCAAAAUCUUUUGCCUUGAGGGGUGAAAACGGUGAAAAGAAUGGGGAAUUCGUUUGGGUGUUCUGCCUCAGGGGAGAGAUUGGUAUCAGCUGCAAGAGAUGGAGAUUUUGUUGAGGCAAAGAUGUUGUUGGAUUGCAAUCCAUGCCUUGCAAAGUACUCCACUUUUGGUGGUUUGAACUCUCCUCUUCACUUUGCCGCUGCUAAAGGCCACAAUGAGAUUGUGGCAUUGUUGCUGGAGAAUGGAGCUGAUGUGAAUUCAAGAAAUUAUUGUGGGCAGACAGCUUUGAUGCAAGCAUGUCGAUAUGGACACUGGGAAGUUGUUCAAACUCUUCUUCUUUUCAGAUGCAAUGUUACUAGAGCAGAUUAUCUUAGUGGGAGGACUGCUCUUCAUUUUGCAGCUGUCAAUGGACACGUACGAUGUAUGCGAUUAGUGGUUGCUGAUUUUGUUCCAAGUGCUCCAUAUGAAUCCUUAAAUGCUCAAAAAUUAAGUGACAGAACUGAUUCUUCUAAUUCUAAAACCAAGAAUGAACAGAGCUCACUCUCCAAGCUUGUAAACAAGGCUGCCGAUGGUGGUAUUACUGCUCUUCAUAUGGCUGCCUUGAAUGGAUACUUUGACUGUGUCCAGCUCCUACUUGACCUUCAUGCAAAUGUAUCAGCUGUUACAUUCCAUUAUGGAACAUCAAUGGAUCUGAUAGGGGCUGGAAGCACUCCUUUGCAUUAUGCAGCUUGUGGAGGAAAUCUAAAGUGCUGCCAGAUCCUUCUUGCAAGAGGUGCUAGUCGUUUAUCAUUAAACUGCAAUGGAUGGCUUCCACUUGAUGUUGCAAGAAUGUGGGGUCGUCAUUGGCUUGAGCCCUUGCUUGAACCUAAUUCUGAUUUGCCAAUCCCAAUAUUUCCACCUUCUAAUUAUUUAUCGUUGCCACUCAUGAGCGUGCUAAAUAUAGCAAGAGAAUGUGGGUUGCAGUUCUCAGCAAGUGCCUCUGAUGAUGCUGAUAUUUGUGCUGUUUGCCUGGAGAGAGCUUGUAGUGUAGCUGCUGAAGGGUGCGCACAUGAACUUUGUGUAAGAUGUGCUCUAUACCUCUGCUCGACCAGCAACAUUCCUUCGGAAUCAUCAAUACCACCUGGUUCCAUACCCUGUCCUCUUUGUCGACAUGGCAUCGUGUCUUUUGUCAAACUGCCGCGUUCUUCAGCAAAGGAAAUCAAAUUACCUUUAUCACUUAGCUUAUGUACACCAUGCAUGCUUCACCCCAGAGAACAAGAUGUAUCUGAAACUGUCGGCUCACCAGAUAUGAGAAAGAAACGUGUGGAUUCAGUUUCGUCGGAUAUUUUCUGCCCAGUCACUUGUAGCCCGUUUCCUUCUGUUGCUAUCCCGCUAUGCACAUGCAACGAAGGGCCUUGCCCAAAUUUUGAUGCUGGAGAGAGUGAUCACCAGGAAGAGUCUCCUCAACGUUCACAAUCCAUAUCAGAUGAGCAGGAGAAAAUGGAAGGUAUGAGAUUGGAGAAAACGACCUGUUCGAGUAUGUUUUGGGGGAGACGAAGCUGCAGCAGGGAGCAUCAAUGCAAUGCUGAGAUCAAUGCAUGAACGAUUUAGUGGAAGGUCAAAUUCAUACUUUUCUAUUGAUUCAAGCUAGUUGGAUUUUAGGUUUCACGAGUGUUUCAGAAGUGGAUUUGCUUGCUUCUGUUUCUCUUCCUGAGUCAAUCAACUACAUCUGCGGCUGGUUGACGACUUCUUGAUCUAUUGUCGAUGUUUUUAGGAAAAUCUUUAGGAGCUUGUAAAAAUCUGUAAGGCAGAAAAUUACUGAUUAUAGCAGCCCACCAGCUGAUUGGUGGCAUUUUUCUUUGAUAAUUGAUUGGUUUUAUGGUGAAAAAAAAUAUUUGUUGCCCUGA